AUGGAAUCAGACAACGAUACACGAAUUUCAGAGUUCCUUCUUCUGGGAUUCUCAGGGGAAUCAGAACUGCAGCCCCUCAUAUUUGGGCUUUUCCUCUCCAUGUACCUGAUCACUGUGUUUGGAAACUUGCUAAUCAUCCUGGCUGUCAGCUCUGACUCCCACCUCCACACCCCCAUGUACUUCUUCCUCACCAACCUGUCCUUUGUAGACAUCUGUUUCAUCUCCACUACUGUCCCCAAGAUGCUCCAGAACAUUCAGACUGGAAGUAAAGUCAUAACCUACCCAGGCUGCAUCACACAGAUAUACUUUUUCCUACUCUUUGCAGGAUGUGAUGAUUUUCUCCUGAGUAUGAUGGCCUAUGACCGCUUUGUGGCCAUCUGCCAUCCCCUGCACUACACAGUCAUCAUGAACCCCUGGUUCUGUGUACUGCUUGUUCUGGUGGCCUGGAUCACCAGUGUUCUCAAUUCCUUGUUACAGAGCUUAAUGGUGUUACAGCUGUCCUUCUGUGCAGGCAUGGAAAUCCCCCAUUUUUUCUGUGACCUCAAUCAGGUAAUUGGGCACGCCUGUUCUGACAGAUUUCUUAAUGAGGUGGUGAUGUAUUUUGCAACUGUGCUGCUGGGUGUGGCUCCCUUGCCUGGGAUCCUUUUCUCUUACUCUAAGAUAGUUUCCUCCAUAUGUGGAAUAUCAUCGAUUCAGGGUAAGUAUAAAGCAUUUUCCACCUGUGCAUCUCACCUCUCAGUUGUCUCCUUAUUUUACUGUACAGGCUUAGGAGUAUACCUUAGCUCUGCUGCGCCCCAAGGCUCCCAUGCAAGUGUAGUGGCCUCGGUGAUGUACACAGUGGUCACGCCCAUGCUGAACCCCUUCAUCUACAGCCUGAGGAACAGAGAUAUAAAGAGGGCUCUGAAAAGAAUCAUUGGGGUUCCUGUGAUGUAA